AGCUCUAGAGCCUUAUCUGUAAACACGAGCUUGUGUAUUCAGACACGCGCAUCUCUCCAGACGAUAAAUGACUCGGAACUGCGGCUGCAAUCAUGCUGCAUGCUGGUGUGCAUUAAAAUAUGUGAUUGUAAUAAGUGUUUUAUUUUUAGAUAGGCUACAGCGAUAAUAAUAGGGGGUUUCAACGAUAAAAAAAAAUACAUUUUAGAAUUGUGUUGUCUCAUAAUACCCCCAUCCCCCCUUGCCCAUUUUUUUCCUUUUUUUUUCUUCUUCCCGUGUUUGUGAAAUUGUGAGCGUGAACUCCACAGUAGUGUGUAAAUGAGGAUGCUGCUUGUCGUUCAACAGGUGAAAGGAAUGUCUCCGCUGACCAGGGAACGGCGCGUAUCCCGCGCGAGCUCAAGCUUCCCCUGGGCUCCGGUCUCUGAGAGCUCUGCCCAAUAAGAGUGGAGAGACGGCGGGCUGUCAACAUUCCUAUCGCCCCUCUCACUCUCCCCCCGUCGCCCACCCCUUCGGUCUGCAGUUCGCACAGUUCAUCGCCCCGGUUUAUCUCGUGCAGUCUGCUAUCAGCGCUCGCAGACUCCAAUGGAAAAACGGAGAGGCGCGUGUUUCACGCUGACUGAAUGCAAAACGUGGAGAGAUAAAGUGGAAAAGUUGGCACUCUUUCUGAUCAAAUUGCAUCUCACCGAGACUUCAUCUGUUCUCAAGAAGAGGUAAAAAAGAAAAGAAAGCGCUCUCUGAACCUGCCGUCUGGCUUGGAUUAUUUCUGCUGCGGUUGCCAGAUCUCGGGGAAUACUUUUAUAUGGCACACGCUAAUAUCCGGGCAGAUACAUGAUAUCCGUCCGUGCAUCGUCCGCACGGAGCUCUACAUUUGUCCAGCUAUCAGCAAUCCCAACUCCAGCAGGUCCCCGCAUAGCUACCUAAACGGUCUUUACAACGGUUAACCACCAUACUCAGCCGUGUUUUCUUAUCACCGCCGGAGGACACGCUCAACUAUGUUUGCCUGCGGGAAAGUUCUCGGGUCGCCCCUGAUUCUCAACAGGUCCACUGCUGCUCCCGGAGGGUCAGGAUUAAGACAUACAAACAGAAAAGGCGCAGGCUCAUCCUACGGUCCCCGUGCGUCCUCGCGGUUGUGUUGCGCGCUGCUGUUCCUCCUGCUCAUCCUCACACCGCGCGUGGACUCCUCUUGGUGGUACAUUGGAGCCCUUGGUGCCCGUGUGAUCUGCGACAACAUUCCCGGACUCGUGAAUAAACAGAGGCAGUUGUGUCAGAAGUAUCCAGACAUCAUGCAGUCGAUUGGAGGCGGAGCUAAAGAGUGGAUUCGAGAGUGCCAGCAUCAAUUCCGGCAUCACCGCUGGAACUGCAGUGCCCUGGACAGAGACCAUACCGUUUUUGGGAGAGUCAUACAGCGCAGCAGUCGUGAGGCGGCAUUUGUAUACGCAGUCUCCUCAGCAGGAGUGGUUUUUGCCAUUACCCGCGCCUGCAGUCAGGGGGAGCUAAAGACGUGCAACUGUGACCCCCACAAGCGCGGCCGAGCCAGUGAUGAACGAGGAGAGUUUGACUGGGGUGGGUGCAGUGAUAACAUCAACUAUGGGAUCAAGUUCGCCAAAGCCUUCGUAGAUGCAAAAGAGCGAACUGUGAAAGACGCACGAGCACUCAUGAACCUUCAUAACAACCGCUGUGGGAGAAUGGCUGUAAAGCGGUUUAUGAAGCUGGAGUGUAAAUGCCACGGAGUCAGUGGGUCGUGUACUCUAAGAACUUGCUGGUUGGCAAUGUCAGAUUUCCGUAAAACAGGAGAUUACCUUCGCAAGAAAUACAACGGUGCCAUCGAGGUCACCAUGAACCAAGAUGGGACAGGAUUCACAGUAGCCAAUAAAGACUUCAGGAAAGCCACAAAAAAUGAUCUGGUGUACUUCGAAAACUCACCUGAUUAUUGUGUCAUGGACAAAGCUGCAGGUUCAUUGGGUACUGCUGGUCGGGUCUGUAACAGGAUGUCCCGGGGGACCGACGGCUGCGAGGUCAUGUGUUGUGGGCGGGGUUAUGAUACCACACGCAUAAAACGCAUCACCAAGUGCGAGUGUAAGUUUAAGUGGUGCUGUGCCGUCGAAUGCAAAGACUGUGAGGAAGCCGUCGACAUUCAUACCUGCAAAGCUCCUAAACGUGCUGAAUGGAUGGACCAGACCUGAGACACACCCACUUCCCCCCGUUCCUCAGGAUUUUGUCCACGGCAUUCUGGGAUAUGAAGUCCAUCCCUUGCAUUUUUUACCUUGCCCCCCAAAUCCAUUUUAUUUGUUGCAUGGCUUUAUUUGAACUUAUUUUGUGAAAGCACUACAACAGAAAUCUACAUUUCUCAUGAGCGCCUUGCACACUUUGCCCAAUAUGGCAGAUUUUUCUCUCUUUCUUUUUCUCUCUUUCUUUUUGUUUUGAAUUGGUCAAUGGACGGUUAAGGUUUAAGAUUCAAGAACAACCUGUGCUGUAUCAUGUUGUUGUAUUUUUUUGUUUCGUUUUGAUGUGAGAAUUUUGUUCUGUGAGUGUUGUUUUGUGACAAAAGGUGUGCUGCUUUUAAAAUAAUAUUUUAAACUGACUCUGAGCCUAUCAGAUAUUAUCAUGGCUAAUAGCUGAAUAUGUACAUCACAUGUUAUUGAAAACACAACCGUGUGCUUAACAUACAUCACGUGCCCAUACUGGACAGUAUUUUACUAUCAGUACUGAAUAUAACAGAAUGAAUGAGGCUGGUCAGAGGGGUUCAAGAGGACAAAUGGAUGACAGCUAUGUGGGCUGCUCACUCCACAUGGAGCCCUAACAGAGAGUUUCUCUGGAAGUUACAGAGGUAAUAUUAAUAAUAUAAACAAGCAUGCACUAAGGACAUUAGCUAACAGUUGAGCGUUAUUAUUAUAAAACUCAUCAUUGCCUGUGUAAACAUGAAGAAAGGUGUUAACAGCUGUGAAUGGUAGAGGUGUAAGCUCUCUUUAGCUCUCUUGUGCUGUGGUACUUGUUAACUGUGCAGAAGUUCAUAUAAAGACAUUAAGUAUGACAUAAAGAGUCAUUUUAUUUUGCUUCUCUUCAACAUGCUUUCCUGCCAGUUUGUUAAGCCAAUUAC